CAGCGGCCCGGCCGCACCUGCCGCGUCUUUAACCGGCGGGAGGAGGUGGCACCUGCCCGCCCGCCUGCCCCGGCCCCUCCGGCGGCGGGAGGGGAGGCGGCAGCCCCUCGCCCGCCUCGUCUCGCUUCGCCUCGGCACGCCGCGGCCGGGGACGGCUUUCCUCCGCUCCCCUCCGGCGGCGGGAGCCGGGGGCGCCGGUGGCCAUGGCCGGCUGCUGCCUGUCCGCCGAGGAGAAGGAGUCGCAGCGCAUCAGCGCGGAGAUCGAGCGGCAGCUGCGCCGGGACAAGCGGGACGCCCGCCGGGAGCUGAAGCUGCUGCUGCUGGGCACAGGAGAAAGUGGCAAGAGUACGUUCAUUAAACAAAUGAGGAUUAUCCAUGGAUCAGGUUACACAGAAGAAGACAGAAAAGGCUUCACAAAACUGGUUUACCAAAAUGUAUUUACUGCCAUGCAAGUGAUGAUCGGAGCCAUGGAUACUCUCAAGAUACAGUACACAUCCAAAGAGAAUGAGGAGAGUGCUCAGAUGAUCAAAGAAGUGGAAGUAGAUAAAGUGACAGUGCUUGAAAGAAAACAAGUUGAAGCAAUCAAGAAGCUCUGGGAAGACCCAGGAAUUCAAGAAUGCUACGACAGACGGAGGGAGUACCAGCUCUCAGACUCUGCUAAGUAUUAUCUUACUGACCUUGAUCGUAUUGCUACUCCCUCAUUUGUGCCAACUCAGCAAGAUAUUCUUAGAGUCCGAGUGCCAACUACAGGAAUUAUUGAGUAUCCUUUUGAUUUAGAAAAUAUUAUAUUUAGGAUGAUGGAUGUAGGUGGCCAAAGGUCAGAAAGAAGGAAGUGGAUCCAUUGUUUUGAAAGUGUUACAUCCGUCAUUUUCUUAGUUGCAUUAAGUGAAUAUGAUCAAGUAUUGGCAGAAUGUGACAAUGAGAAUCGAAUGGAAGAAAGCAAGGCCUUAUUUAAAACUAUCAUUACAUACCCCUGGUUUCUGAAUUCUUCAGUCAUUUUGUUUUUAAAUAAAAAAGAUCUUCUAGAAGAGAAGAUCAUGUAUUCCCAUCUAAUUAGUUACUUUCCAGAAUACACAGGACCUAAACAAGACGUCAAAGCUGCCAGAGACUUCAUUUUGAAGCUGUAUCAGGAUCAGAAUCCAGACAAGGAGAAAGUAAUCUAUUCCCACUUCACUUGUGCCACAGACACAGAAAAUAUUAGUUUUGUCUUCGCUGCUGUCAAGGACACGAUCCUGCAACUAAACCUGAGGGAGUUCAAUCUGGUUUAAAGAAAAAAACAUGGCUGCAGCCACAGAGUGUGGCUUACUCAUAGCACAGCCUGUGUUGGUUAAAAAAAAAGUGUCUUUUUAAAUACCAUUUACAGAAAUGGGAGAAGGAUUUAUAUUUACUGAAGAAGUAUGGAUUGAGAGAACUUUAAAGAAUGAGUUUCAAAGUUUACUUUUCAAGCUAUACAUUUAAAAUAUUGUGUUCAUAUUUCCCAUGUUAGUUUUGUCUAUGAGUUAUUUUUUGACUGCUGGGGGAAUUAAGUAUAUUUAGAAGAGUGUACAUAACUACAUUGCUGUCCAGCUAGUAUUUUCUUAAGAUUUUUUUUUUAUUUAGCAUUUACAAUCAUAGCUUAUAAAAUUUCAAACAGCAAUGCCUUAAAAAUGACAUGUUAGUGUUAUUUUAGUGUGCUAGACAGUUUUAUAUGCUUGUUCUAAGCAAUGUAGUUGAAAGACUUAGGGUAAAUCUAUUAUACUUUUUAGAAGUAUCUCUCAGUAGCCUUGAUAGGCCAAACCUGUUAAUGUUCUAGGAAUCAUUACAAAAGAUUAGUUAGUGGUGACCCUCGCAUAUCACUGCCUUUUUGUUCAAGUGCCUUACAAUAAUAAACUGCCUUUCACAGUUAAGGAAUGACAGAUUAAGAUCUUGUAGGCAGUCCAUGGAAUUUACUCUUUUCUGAAGGGGAAAAGCAUUUCCCAAACAGCAAGGCGUUUAGCAAACAUUCUCAGCAUUCACUACCACUGGAGCUCAGAGAUCAUCCACAGAUGCUUACAAUAAACCAGGCCUUAAAUUCCUCCAAGUCACUAACAUAACUUGCUUUUUGCACUUUGCAUUUUCCUGUUGUUGAGCUUCACAGGUAGUUUUGCAUGGAUUAGACAGCAGUAAAUCCUCUCCUCUAGAAGAUUUCCAGCCAUUUUCUCAUCUCCGCUCCCUGCCCAACUACAAGCCUCUCCACUGAAGAUGAGAGCACCACUAAUAGCUCAGUCAAUUCUCCUUCACUGGGUCAAAAAUUCUCAGACAAAAUAAUAAAGACAUCAGGGCAAUCUUGAAAACCUUUUUUACCCAUGCAAAAUCCAUGGUGAUCAUGGGCACUUGAUCAGCUAACCCAGCAACACUAGUAAGGACAGUGUAUUAGUAGAAUAGUCUUAUUAGCAGUAAUUCAGCCCAAAAGAUACGCUGAGGUUCUCCUGUAUUAUUUAAAUACAUGAAAAUUCCUUUUUUCCAAGGAGAAAUAUUAUAGCAAUGGUUUUUACUACCGUCAUAAAAUUGCAAUUUUA